UAUAUUUUAGACAGAUAUUUUACUUUUGCGCUAUAUUUUAGUUUUAAGUGGUCAUUUAUAAGUGUCAAAUUUUUGUUGCUUUUUUUUUACCUUGUUAUUAUUAUCUGAUAGAAGUUAUCACUGCAGGUAUAAUUGGCAUAAACGUAGAUAAAUAGCGAUUUAUGUAGUCUUUGUCUGAAGAACCGAAUGAGGAUGACAUCAAAAUUAUCAUUAUGCACAUUAAGGAAUGUGGAAAAGCUGUUUUUAGUGUCCCAUGUCGGGACAGUGAGGUGGAUGUCAAUAGGGAUGCAGAAAGGUUCAAAUUUCUUUUUCAGACAGUUAUUUGAUACAUUGAGCAGCACAUAUACAUAUUUGCUAGGUGACAUGAAGACAAAGGAAGCUGUCUUGAUUGACCCCGUACUGGAACAUGCGGAGAGAGAUGCCUCUCUGAUAAAGGAACUGGGCUUUAACUUAAUUUAUGCAAUGAACACUCAUAUGCAUGCUGAUCAUAUAACUGGAACGGGGAAGCUGAAAUCACUUAUCCCAGGUUCAAAGAGUGUGAUAGGCAAGGCGUCUGGAGCUAAAGCAGAUAUACACCUAGUCGAUGGGGACUCGGUUAGCUUUGGAGGUCAUAAGUUGUUAGCAACUGCGACUCCUGGACAUACAAAUGGAUGUCUUACAUAUAUUUGUCAUGAACAGGGUAUUGCCUUCACAGGCGAUACGCUAUUGAUCAGAGGUUGUGGCCGAACAGAUUUUCAAGAAGGCUCAUCAGAAUCUUUAUACAAUUCAGUGCAUACUAAGAUAUUCACUUUGCCCGACAAUUACACGCUUUACCCAGCUCACGAUUAUAAAGGACAAACCGCAACAACUGUAUUAGAGGAGAAAAAGUAUAACCCAAGGUUGACAAAGCCUUUGAACGAGUUUAUUCAGAUCAUGAACAAUUUGAAUUUACCAUACCCGAAGAUGAUUGAUAAAGCGGUGCCAGCAAAUAGAGUAUGUGGAUUGUAUUGACAAGAAAUCAACAUUACUUAUAUUGUUAUAUAAACUCAUUUUCGUUACCAUUUAAUAAAAAUAUUUAUAAAAAAAUUAUUUCGUAAAAAGGGCGUAGUAUAAGCUUGUAAAGGAAGAUUAUAUGUGAAAAUGUAAAAUAAAUUACUACAUAUAUUUAUCUUGAACUGUUACCUAAUUUAUUGUUGAAAGUAAAAUAUUGUCUAUAUAUUGAAAAGUUUAUUUAGUAAUAGAUGAAUUUAUGUACGCAAUCAAAUGUUCCAUUAAAAAUCAAAUUAAUAUUUUA